GCAAAAAAGUUAACUUCGCAAUAAAGUAAAUUAAAGUAGGGUAAAAGAAGCGAAUUCAGACUUAACGAGGAAUACCAUAAGCAAACGGCACGCUUUCUAAAAUGAGUGCAAUUUUUAGUAAACUUCUUGAUAAACUUACAAACAUUAUUGAAUCACCCUUCCUAAUAUGGGAAAUUCUCACCAUGCUGCGUGUCGGAGUCACAGGUGAUAGUGGACGCGAAUUGGAUGAAUUUCUGCAACUAUUAGCAACUGAUAUUGGCAUUUCAGACAAUGAUUUAGCGCACUUAAGUAGAAAGGAUUUCCUCACAGCAACCACAGAUGACUCAAGUAACCACAUAACACCGCCAUUACUUGCCUCCGACUCCAAUGUGUUAUCAUCUGCAAGUGCAAAAUUUAAAAAAUUAUGGAUUUCCAAUCGAAUAUUCAUUAAGUCCGGCUGCCGUCUCAAUGAAAACUUUACAAAUGUACUCAAGCAACAGUUUGCGUGCGGCGUGCAGGAACUCAAUUUUGGUGACUCCCGUCUAGCCGCCAAAGCGAUCAAUGAAUGGGUGAAGGAGGCUACCAAUAAACGCAUACCCGCCAUUAUAUCACCGCAUGAUGUGGGUGCCGAUACGCAAGCGGUGCUGGCCAAUGCGAUCUACUUCAAGGCACAAUGGCGGCAACAAUUUGAGCCCAUCGACACCAAGCGCAAGCCAUUCCGCAUCGACACACAGCAAAGCGUUUUGGUGCCAAUGAUGAGUCAAGUGGUGAACGCGCGCUAUGCGUACCUGGCCGAUCACAAAGUGCAAGUGCUGGAGUUGCCUUAUCGGGAUACUGAUCUGGCAAUGUUGGUGAUUCUACCGCAUGAUGUCGCAGCUGAUUUGCGUGGUGUGACCAAUUUGUUAUUGGCUGAUGUGGUGGGGCAGUUGGUGUUUCGGAAAGUCUAUGUCAAAUUGCCAAAAUUCAGCUAUGGCUGCACUAUAAAUUUGCAUAGCUUGUUGACGGAGUUCGGUGUACGUGGCAUUUUCCAUGGCAGUCAGGAUUUUAGUAGUCUCGUUGCGGCGAAUGCUUCUGGUUUUGGAGUCUCGAAAAUUAUACAACAGGCUUUCAUCAAUGUGACAGAAGAAGGCACAGAGGCAGCUGCAGCGACUAUCUGCAGUAUUGAUGGCGCCGUGAGUUUUGAAGAGAAGUUCAUAGCAGAUCGGCCUUUUUACUUUUGUAUAAAAAACAGAAAUGGCUUAAAAUUAUUCGAGGGCUGCUAUCGACAACCGUCUUAGGCUCCUUGAGUAUUAAUUGAAUGACUGGCCAAUCGUAUGAUUGCUUUGUUUCGUAAUAGUAGAGUUCUAUUAUAGAAUAAUUAGUGUAGAAUUAAGGCUUUGCUUUGACUAUCAGGUGCUCGAAAACUUUUCAAAUGGUCAAUGCGCGUCAAGAUGCUCGGAGACAUUUUGUGUAACCACUUUUUUAUGUUUCUAUGUGUAGUGUAAUGUUGCAGAGUAAAUUUUUUUUCGUUCAAUUUUUUGUAAUUUUUUACUUUGUUUGUCACAGAUAUAAAAGGAGAAUAAAAUAAUCCACUGAUAAAAAUGCACCAGAAAUUCGAUUCUUGCACGUAAUGAAAACCGCGCUCGGUGCAAAUUUUCAGGUUGCCAAA